GUUCCUCAGAAAUCAGUCUUGCAACGAUCCAGGGAAAAGUGGCUCAGCGGUGCUGGGGCAUCGUUGAGAAACAUGAGCGGUGAGUCCGAGAACGGUACUGCAGCGAGCCGGUCCAAGGAUGGUGUCCCCUCGUGGAACGGGGAAGCAGCAUCGUUCGUGGCCUACGAGGAGGCAGCUCGGCUAUGGGAACAAGGGCUGGUGUACAACAAGCGCUACACCGCGGCCCCCAGACGCAUGGCCGAGCUCACAGGCGCAGCCCGCCGACUUGUCGCAGGCAAGCCCGCGGAGGAGGUGGCGUUCGUCGGGGGUGUCAAAGUUCUCUUGGACUACCUGAGUCGCACGCUCGGCAAGCCACAGGUUAAUGAAGUGACAGAUCUCUUGGGGAAGUACAAGAAGGAGAUCAGAGAAGUCUAUGAGUGCGCUCAAACGGGUGCAGCCACACUACAAAGACAGUGGGUGGAGCUGGCAUUUACAACCGAGGACGACGGAGCAGCGAUCCAUGAACCUUCGACAGCACCCCUGCCUGGAGCCGUCAGAACACUGACGGGCAUGGCGAUGAUCAAGACGAUCGGCCUGACGAUCCGACAGAAAAUGACGGCCAAGAUGGCGGCACGACUACUUCGCGGACAACCUGGGGACAGGGAGCCCCGUCAGCUAGGAGUUGGAACAGCGGCUGGUCCUACAGUGGCGCAGGAGCUAAGGAACCAAUUCCCCGAGACCGAGUUGCGCCGGAAGGACCAAGGACGACGUUCGCAUGCCUUCGUGAGCACGGAGGACGCCUACGAGAACUGCGAGGCCGAGGCCCAAGAGGACGGCGAGGAGUUUGUGAAUGAACACCUCAAUGACGAGGGGGCCGCGAUGUUGGCGGAGGCCGAGGACGAGGCCCAACAGGCCAGUGCUUGGACAAGCACGCCGCACACUCAAGGCAUUGCUCCGAAGAACCAAGAGCACCAUGGCAAUCCGCGGCUGGCGGAGAUCGACAAGAACAACCAGCCCCUCUUCGGCUUCGGGAAUAGCACAGAAGGCGUGGGCCCCACCAUCCUCCUCAGCAUCGACGCGCUGAGGUCAUUGGGGGCGAUCGUGGACUUCCGCGAGGACCUCCUUGUGCUGACCGCGAUCAACGCGCACGUCCCGGUGACAGCUUACCAGGCUCAGAAGCUCACGUCUGUGACCAAAUUGCCCCUCUCUCCGUUGCGCAGCAUGGACCGUUUGUCUCGUCCGGAGCUCGUCUUGCACCUCCGGGCCUUGGGCGAGGAGAGUCAAGAGAACUGGACUCGCAUGGAAAUCAAGCAGCGCAUCCAGGAGAUCACCGAGGAGACCCCGGCUUUGGCGACGGCAGUGGCCCACAAGACGCCCUUGGAGACCCAAAUGGCGCAGCUCAGCAAGAGCAGCCGCAAGAAAAGCACCUUGCCCGAGUACUUGGAGAACGAGCUGCACAUCGAGGUGACGGACAUGGACACCAUCGCGGCCAUGCAACGCAAAGCCAGCAACAAGAUUCUUCAGGAAUGCCCUGUUCAUGGAGCGGACGCAAUGGGGAGACCUCAGCAGCACACGCCUCGAGCGCUUCGUCUGCUGGUUGAGCAAGGCCGAGAGGACGGCGGCCCCAAGAACCCAACGAGCAGCUCAGCGACAACGCCGCCGCGCCCCAAGGCUCGUGGCUACAAGGCGACGGCAUCAAGCUCGGUAUCCAGCAGCACGGCAGCGCAGGCACCUCCAGCUGUCGAUCCCCGCGACGAGUUGAUCAUGAAGACGACGACGGCGCUCCAGGACCUCAAGGAAGAGGUGGAUCAACUACGUGCAGAGCGUCCCCGCGAGGAGAUUCUUCAUGACAUGGGUUACCGUGUGGCCGUGACCAAGGGUUGCAGCGUAGGCAUCAGCUUCAAUGUGGAAGCUGCCUUCUGGGGCGAGAUGUCGUGGCCUGGGCCAUCGAUGAACCCGAUGCCACCGCAGUCUUUCAAGCUCACCUUACCCAGAUACCUGAAGCCCCAAGCGAACUGGAAGCCCGUAGGUCCCAUGCCCCCGGACAUCAUAGUUCUCGAAGACAACAAGUUCUGCAUUCCCAGGGAUCUUAUUUCACGUACGGAAGGCUGGAGCCAGUAUUUUGGCUAUCCCCGAGCAUUGCGCGUGGAUCCCACCGGCGUGAAAGAACUGAUGACUCGGUUGUGCGACUUUGACCCCGAGUUGACCCCGGAGAUGGCAUUGUCGGAAGCGAUCACUACUUUUAAUCAUCGAGACAUGGUUAGCGGUUUCACACCAGCUCAGCAGGUCAUUGGUCGUGGCGCGGACGACACCGACCGCUUCGUGGAGGCCAGUCAAGGACUUCCGCCAGGGCUGUUGAUGCACGACGAAGUCUUGGUGAUCAAAGGGGCAGAAAAGCGGACAAGCAUCGAGCACUUCGGGCUCAAAGAAGCACAGCGGAGGACGGAUGUCAGCAUACGCUGGGUCCACUCAGAAGCUCAGCUAGCGAACAGUCUCACGAAGCAAGGGGGACAUCACGAACUUGAGAUGUUCUACAAGAUGGCCUUCCGGUGGCGCAUCGUGGAAGAUGAGCAGAUGAUGUCAGCAGUGCUGGUCAUCGACAGACGAAUGGCUGCAGCUACGCAGGAUCAACAGUGCCGCGACCUGCAG